AUGAACUUUGUUAAUGUUAAAGUAACGGAGGCGGGCUUAACUGUAACUUACUCUGAUGCCAACAAAUUAAAUCAUCCCGACACGAAUCCAAGAUCUGACGAAAAGGGUGGUAUUUUCUCUUAUAGAAUAAUUGCAAAAGAUGAGAAUAAAACUAUUUUAUAUAGUACAAAACUCGGUAGUGCACUCGGUAGUGCAUUAGAGCAACAAGGAAUUAAAGUUCCAAAAGCUAUUUUAACUGAUUUACCUGAGGGUUAUGCGCUAUACGAACAUAUUAAGCAAUAUCCAUCAGAUGAAUCGGGUGAAGCAAAACCAAUAAGGAAAGACACAUAUUUGUUUGGUAAUGGUUCAAAGUACCGUUCACCUGCUGAAUUUGAAGAACAUCUUUUAUGGUUAGCUUCAGAUAAGGCUUCUUCCUGUCGUUGUAGAUACUGCGAUAAAGGAUGGAGUACGGGCUCGGAUCUGGAUUCAACUCCACGCAAAAAAAAUGAUGUGGAUUCUCAUCUUAAAAAGACAAUUAAGUCAAAUGUACUUCAGAAUGAAGCUUUAAAUUUGGCUUCAUCAUCUAAUUCAAAAGUACGUCAAAGCGAAAUCACAUCCAAAACUUCUUCAAUACAAGAGAGAAAUCUUAAAGGAUCUUUGAAUUUAGUAUCAUCAUCUAAUUCAAAAGUACAUCAAUUUGGGAUCGCAUCAAAAACUUCUUUAAUGCAAGAGAGAAAUCUCAAAGAAACUUUAACAUCACCUAAUUCAAAAGUAUAUCAAUUCAGGACCGCAUCAAAAACUUCUUUAAUGCAAGAGAGAAAUCCCAAAGAAACUUUAACAUCAUCUAAUUCAAAAGUACAUCAAUUCGGGAUCGCAUCAAAAACUUCUUUAAUGCAAGAGAGAAAUCCCAAAGAAACUUUAACAUCAUCUAAUUCAAAAAUACAUAAAUUCGGGAUCGCAUCAAAAACUUCUUUAAUGCAAGAGAGAAAUCCCAAAGAAACUUUAACAUCAUCUAAUUCAAAAAUACAUAAAUUCGGGAUCGCAUCAAAAACUACUUUAAUGCAAGAGAGAAAUCCCAAAAAAACUUUAACAUCAUCUAAUUCAAAAGCACAUCAAUUCGGGAUCGCAUCAAAAACUUCUUUAAUGCAAGAGAGAAAUCUCAAAGAAACUUUAACAUCAUCUAAUUCAAAAGUACAUCGAUUCGGGAUCGCAUCAAAAACUUCUUUAAUGCAAGAGAGAAAUUUCAAAGAAACUUUACCAUCAUCUAAUUCAAAAGUACAUCAAGUCGACAUCACAUCAAAAACUUCUUUAGUGCAAGAGAGAAAUCCUAAAGAAGCAUUUAAUUCAAAAGUACGCCAAGUCGACGUCACAUCAAAAACUUCAAUACAAGAGAAAAAUCCUAAAGGAACUUUAACAUCAUCAUCUAAUUCAAAAGUACAUCAAGUCGAUGUCACAUCAAAAUCUUCUUUAAUGCAAGAAAGAAAUUCUAAAGGGUCUUUAAAUUUAGCAUCAUCAUCUAAUUCAAUGGUACAUCCAAUCGGAGUCGCAUCAAAGGCUUCUUUAACACAAGAGAGAAAUCCUAAACAGUCAAAAAAAUUAAUUAGUAUGUAUCGAAACGAAGAAAUUGUUUGGGGUGAUAUAGAAUAUAUAUUGAACUCAAGUCAAUAUGAGCCCUUAUCUGACCAAGUCGGAGGCGAUCAGAUAAAGUACUGGCCAGCACUAGUUCAUCAACGAUUAAAAGAACAGCAUGAUGAUGGAUUUGAAAUAUUAUAUACCUUAAAGCCAUUAAUGUUGUCUGGAAUAAUGAAUUUAUCAUACAAAUCCAUCCUACCAUGGUUGGCCUAUGAUGCUUCAAAUUCAAUACAGGCGAUUGAAAAGGCGAUACAUAAUGAUAGUCAAAUUCAUUUAUUAAGGAAUACGAAACGAGGUGAACUAGCCAGUGCUUACCUUAAAGCCAUUAAACGGGCAAAGGAAGUUGCUUCAACAUUCACCACAUCACACCAAUAUAAGUAUACUCUACCAUCUUCAUUUUUCGCAAACAUUGAGAGCGCAAGUGAAAAAAGAUUAUUACAACAAAUGGAAACAUAUCCACAUUACAGAAAAAUUAUAUUAGGCACUGAAGUAUUGCGAGAAGAUGAUUAUGUUCGUUUGACACGUGCUUCAUAUAAUUCUAGUGACAGAUUACCGAUUUUUAGAAUAAAUACAAUUUUUUUAAAUGCUUUAAAUAAAAUUCAACUAAGCGGUGAGAUGUUUAUCAGAGGUCCAUUGAAGAAUGGAGAGAAUGUACCAACUUUAAUUCGAAUGAAUAAAGAAAAAUUUGAAUAUACAUUGGAUUUAUCCGAAAUUGCUGGGAGGUACUAUAAACUGCACCCAGGCAUCAUUCGUAGCAUGUCUAUUACUAUCCCAUUGCCAUAUGCUGAUCGGAAAUCAUUAGUUGACGAGGCUUUAAAGCAGGAUGUAUCCGAGACUGGUCCAAAGAAACAAAUGGCCAAACGAUCAAUUGCAUUACCACCAUUACCAUAUUUAAGCAACAAGAAAUUCAAGGCUAAUGAUGAUGGAUCAGUAAUUCGUAAUAAUACUGUUAUUUCUAAUGCCUUUGCACGGGAUACGUCUCAAAAGUCGAAUGUUCCUACCGUCUCUACCACUUCGAUCAUUCCUACUACUUCCGCUACCCCUGCUACUUUCGUUAUUCCUGCUACUUCUGUUACUUCUGUUCCUCCCACUACUUCUGUUACUCCCACUACUUCUGUUACUCCCACUACUUCUGUUACUCCCACUACUUCUGUUGCACCUACUACUUCCGUUACUUUCGCUACUUCCGUUACUUCCGUUACUCCCGUUACUCCUGCUGCUUCAGCUACUUCUGCCACUACUGCUUUUCCCAUUUCUACUAUUUCUGCUGUUCCCAAUAUUUCUGCUGCUACAGUUACAUCAACUACUUCUGAUGCCACUGUUAUCUCUACUUCUAAUUUUGUUACUUCUAAUAAUAUAAAAGUUACUGUAAUAGUUUCUCCAACUCUUUCAUUUUUAGAUGAAUCUGAUACAGAAAUAUUGGCUACAAAUUUUGAUUUAUAA